UGCUUUGUUAAGCAUCAAAGCAUUCAUUAAAAUUUCUUUUCACAAUUACUGGUAAGCAGUGUACUGAUAGAACUGCAAAUCUAAUUUUAGCAUAUUUUUGACAGCAUAGAUUUACGAUUGUGUGUACUCACUCUGAACUGCCUUCCCAGACCCAUAGAGGGUUCACUCUGUAUUGCUGUCACUGUCUCCGCCACCCGGUUCUCUUCUAGCACAAGGAAAAUACCAAGCUGUCUCCCUGCUCCAAAAAGCAGAGGAGGGACCUUGCAGAGGCUAGCAAACAUUUCCCAUCUGACACCCCAACAGCAUGUGAGGUCAAUGGAUAUCUCCAGAGUGGGCAAGGAAAAAGACUGUAUUGAGGCUGUGAUUCUAUUAGACCAAGCAGAUACGGAUCAGAAUAAGAAGAUUACACAGUCAGCUGUUCAGGACUGGUGGAGUAGGAACUAACAUUUUCUACAGUGUUAAAAUAGAAGGUCCCCACUUUGACUUUCUGGUGAUUUCAGGUGUACACAGAUCCUGGACCUUUUUUUUUAAUUGAAUAACCUGUAUCUUGCUGACGAAGAAACCAGAUUUGAGCUUUCUUUUUUUUUUUCUUCCUUCCUCAUUGGAAGAGCACAGUAGUGGCUCCCUGUUCACUUCAAUGUCAGUUUGCUGCUAAUGGGUGUAAGUAAAUUAGAUGUCUUGUACAGAAAGCUUCUCCUCACUAAACUUUUCAUCAGAGGAUGGGGAAAGCCAGAGGAUCUGAAAAGAAUAUUUGAAUUCAGAAAAAUUAUUGGAAACAGGGAAAAAUGCCAGACGCUGGUUUCGAAAGAUUACCCAGUGUUCAUUGACAAGGUUGAGGAGCAAUCCGACUGUAAAAUCCUUGAGGGGCACUUCAUUUCCCCGUUGGCUCAUUAUGUCCCAGGUAUCCUACCAGUCGAAUCUCUUGUAGCAAGAUUUCAGUUCAUCAUACCCAGAAGAUGGAAUAGCAAGCACAGACCUGUGUGCAUUCAUUUAGCAGGCACUGGAGAUCAUCACUUCUGGAGGAGACGCACAUUAAUGGCACGCCCAAUGAUUAAAGAGGCCUGUAUGGCUUCCCUAUUGCUAGAAAAUCCUUAUUAUGGCUGUAGAAAACCGAAGGAUCAAUUACGGUCAUGUUUAAAAAAUGUCUCGGACCUGUUUGUGAUGGGAGGAGCUCUUGUUCUAGAAUCGGCAGCUCUUUUGCACUGGCUUGAAAGAGAAGGCUAUGGACCGCUAGGGAUGACUGGAAUAUCCAUGGGAGGACAUAUGGCUUCACUGGCAGUGACAAACUGGCCUAAGCCAUUGCCAUUGAUUCCGUGUCUUUCCUGGUCAACAGCUUCUGCAGUCUUUACUACGGGUGUUUUGAGCAAGGCAGUGAACUGGAGAGAGCUAGAGAAACAGUAUUUUACGCAAACUGUUUAUGAAGAAGAAAUCAUUCAAAUGCUUGAAUACUGUGGAACGGAUUCUUUCAAGAUGGGACAAGACUUUGUUAAAAACUUCCCUGACAGUGUGGAUGGUCUGGAGGAUGUGGUCGUGACUUCCAGAAUGUUUGACCUUGAUUCCUCAAACAAGACUGUAUCUGAAGAAGCUGUUCACAGCUUUACCACAAAUAAAAGUACUCUAAGUGCCUCAUCAGAAAGACUCUUAAUACAAGAUGCUCCUAAAAUGCAGUGCAUAAAUCAAACAUUUUCAACCAGUAGCAAUAGCAAUAAAAACUUAACCAGCCCACAAGGACACAGGAUAAAUAAAAGAAGAAAGAGUGACACUUUACAGAGAGAAUCCUUAAGGUUCAUGAAAGGAGUAAUGGAUGAAUGUACCCAUGUAGGUAACUUCUCAGUUCCAGUUGACCCAAGUUUAAUCAUAGUUGUACAAGCGAAGGAGGAUGCAUAUAUUCCUCGAACUGGGGUGCGCAGUCUUCAAGAAAUCUGGCCCGGAUGUGAAAUUAGGUAUCUGGAUGGAGGUCAUGUCAGUGCCUACCUCUUUAAACAAGGACUCUUUAGACAAGCGAUUUACGAUGCGUUUGACCGCUUUCUUCAGAAAUACGCAGUUUAAAAAUCUUAAUAAUGUAUUCAGACUGAUCUCACUUGUCCUUCCGCUUACUGGAACUCAUAUUUGGAAAACAAGCCUCUUGCAAUGUUGAGUAGGUGGUCGCUGACUUUGACCGUUGUAGGUAACAAUUAUCAAAAAUGAUAAAGUACCAGCAUUACUUUCAUUUCAACCAAAUGCCAUUCUGACACACUUGCUUCAGCUUUACCUGUGAAAAAACAAUGGCAGCAUUUGUUAGUGCAUGAACGGUUCAUGUACUUCAUGUUUAAUCACGUUGUGUAUUCUUUUAAUUCUGAAUAAAUUCUGAAUUGCGUACCAGUUGAAAACAGACCAAUCUAACUAUUGAAAGAAUGUAAAAUUUGCUGUAGGGCUAAGAUGCUCUCUUGCGUUUAGUGUAUUUCUAAUUUGUUCCAGGUACCUUGGUGUCCCCUUGCU